AAAAAAUUUAAGUGAUGGGAGCAACUUGUUGCACUGGAACACCUUAAUCUCAGGAGAUUAAUAUAACAGCUCCUACAAAAUUUGAGGCUACAGUUGAAGGACAUGAUAUUUAAGAGACAGUAAAGCCAACGGAAGCAAAAAAUGAAUAUAUAGAGAAAGAGCCAAUAAAACAUGAAGAAUCUAUGCCAUUAUAAGUUGAUGAACAUUUAUAAAAUGCAAAUCCUCCAGAUGAUGUAAUAGAAUUCAAUAUAUUCAGGCUUAAAGAGAAAAAUAAAGACAACAGAUAUAGUCUUAAGGACCUAAUUCAGAAGAUGCUAAACCAUACGAAAAAGAGCCUUAAAUAGAAAAUGAAUAAGUUCGUAAAACUCUAGAAAAACUUGGAAAUUAUUAAUAUGAUUAAACUUCUCUUUAACAAUUUCAUGAUUGUGUUGAGUUAGGACCAUAUGUAUUUAAUCAAAUAAAAAGAAUAGUAAUUUGAAAAUGGAGCUAUAUAUGUUGGUCAAUGGAAAAAACAUUAAAGAUGGGGUAAAGGUAAACAAUUUUGGCCAGAUGGAUCAGUUUAUGAAGGUUUUUGGAGUUCACAUACAGCAAAUGGAAAAGGAAGAUUAAUUCAUGCAGAUGGUGAUGCAUAUGUAAUAAGAUAAAUAAUAUAAAGGAUGGAGAUUGGGUUGAUGAUAGAGCAUAAGGAUAAGGAACUUAUUAUCAUGUUGAUGGAGCUAGAUAUGAAGGAGAUUGGUUAGAAGAUUAAUAACAUGGAAAAGGAACAGAAAUGUGGCCAGAUGGUGCAUAAUAUGUUGGUAGCUACGUAAAUGGGAAAAAAGAUGGAAAAGGAAAAUUUAAAUGGAGUGAUGGAGCAACUUAUGAAGGAGAUUUUAGAGAUAAUAAUAUUGAAGGUAAAUUAACUAUAUACUAUAUAUUUAUAUAGGAUUUGGAGAAUAUGUUUGGGCAGACGGAAGAAAAUAUAAAGGAUAAUGGUUAAAUAAUAAAAUGCAUGGUAAAGGAGAUUUUAAUUGGCCUGAUGGAAAAUAAUAUAGUGGUAAUAUUAAAUAAUAAUAUUUUUAGGUGAUUAUGUGGAAGAUAAAAAAGAAGGCUAUGGAAUUUUUAAAUGGUCUGACGGAAAAUAAUAUAAAGGUUAUUGGAAAGAUGGAAAAUAACAUGGAAAAGGAAUUUUGGUAGAUAGAGAAGCAAGAGAAGUUGAAGCUGAAUGGGUUGAAGGAAGAAGAGUCAGAAUGGAUAAUUGAAUUAUCAAACAUUAUUAACAUGAAU